AUGAAUUUUUUUAUCAUUUCUACUAUUGUACUAAUUUCAUAUCUACUAUUGGAUAUUUUGUUUGACGAUUAUCUCUGGAAGAUUAAUAUUGAUUUUACAGUAUAUCUGUAAAAUAACACAUUCCUCGGAGAAAAAUUGCUAUUUUAAUUUUUCUCAUUUGUAAUUCAAGUACCAAUUAUUUUGGGAGGAUUGCAGUUUAUGUUGUCGAGCAAAAAGGUUGAAUCUAUUUUAUACAUAUUUUUAUGUAUGUUUGGAUUUGCAAGUAAUGGCUUAUUAAAAAAUGCAUAUCAUCAACCUAGACCUUAUUGGGUAGAAGAUGAAAUAAAUGGGUAUAUAGAAUAUUAAUGAUAUUUCAGAAUUGGAUGUAAUAUGGAAUUUGGUAAACCAUCAGGUCAUGCUCAAACUGCAGUCAUCAUUUAUUUUUCUUAUCUUUUCAUUCUAUAUCCUUCUACUUUCAGAUUAAAUAAACUAAAAGUAUCAGAUGAGAAUAAUUAUGAAGAACCUGAUUUAUAAUAUGGAUUAGUAAUAUUCUUGAAUAUUUUUGCUUUUCUAUGCAUUAUAAUGACUGGACUCUCUAGAAUAUUUUUAGGUGUUCAUACAAUAGGCUAAGUUACUUUAGGAUGGAUAUAUGGAAUUUAUAUAGUUUUAAAUUAUCAACUCUAUUGUCACAAAUUCUUAUUGCAGUACAGAUUCUUUAUAAUACAAGAUAUAUUAAAAAUUAAUUACAAAUGAAAAUUGAUGAGGAAGUCAAGUUUUAAAGAAUGUCAAUUACCAUUUCUGCCAUUUUCAUUAUUUCCAUUGUGAUUGAUGUCACUUUAUUGGAAUUGAAUAGAAGAGUAUUUAAUUAAAAUGAAAAUCAACUUAAUUAAUGGUUAUUUAAGAUAACUUAAUGCAAACACAAAGAAAUAGGUUAUUACACUAAAAAUCAUACUAAUGUUUUAUAUAAUGCUUGUUUCUUGCAUGGAACAUUAUUCUCUUUCACAUUUUCUUUUAUUUAAGGAUGUUUCUUUAGUUAAGGAAGCUUUAAUUCAUUAUAAUACUCCAAUUCAAUGGAUUAAAAGACUGUAAAUUUUAAGAUAUGUAGAUUACUCUUUUAUCUGCCUAUGCUAUUACCAUUACCGUUAUUGUUAAUAUAGACAUAUAAUAUUUAUUUGACAGCUUUUUUCAUUGUAAUAUCUUUCUAUUUAACUUUAGUUCAUCCCAGUCAUAUUUUUUGAAUGUUUGUAUCUCACACUUGUGUAUCCAAAAUUAUUGAAAAAAUGCAAAUAUGAAAUCAAAGGAGAGUUCUUAGAAUCUAAUAAAGGUUAUUAUGAGUAAUUAUCUUAAAGUUGAGGAAAUGGAAUUGUCAUUAUUUUGAUAUAAAUAUUUAUGUUGUUAAUAUAAGCAUCCC